AUGAAUGGAAGCGCCUUGGGGAGUAGAUUUCACCGAUUGGUGGCUAAUGGCAUGGAUUUUGUCGAAAAGAGUGUUGCUACCUUGGUUUUGGUAUGUGAGUUGGGGGCAAUUAUGAGGGUCGUUUGUGGUGGUGUGUGGGCAGGUGAAGGAAUGUAUGGUGAUUCCCAUGCAUUAUCUUCUGAUUCGAGGCCUAUAAUUCCAUCCAAUUUGUGGCCUAAUGAACAGCAGCAGCAGCAGUUUCUAUUCAUGGAUUCUGAAACAAACACAAAUUAUAGCCAUCAAAACAAUUCUGGGUUAGCCAGGUUUAGGUCAGCUCCCAGUUCCUUGUUUGCUAAUUUUAAUAAUGGAGUUGAAACUCGAGGAUUGACUACAAUAUUUGAUUGUGGUGGUGAAAAGUCUGCCGUUAGUGAAUUUGCACAGUUGCCGCCGCAGAAUCCACGGCAAAGUGGUGUCCAUGUGGAUGGCGGCGGGUAUAAAGUUGCGGGUUUAAGGAGAAUGGAUCAUCAGGGACAAGGAAAAAUGGGUUUCAGUCUUAUGAGACAAAACAGUUCCCCUGCUGGACUCUUCUCUCACCACACUGCACAAAAUGGUUAUGCCACGGCAAGAGGUAUUGGAAGUUACAGAGCUGGUGCUAAUGUUGAUCUAAGUCCAUCUUCAAGCUCAUUCAAGAAUCAUAUGAGCUUCUCCUCCUUAGGAAUGUUGUCUCGAAUCACAGAAGUCGAGAACGAAAGUGGUGGAGCAAGUGGCCUUGAUGAUACGAAGGUCGGAAAUAGCAACUGCAUCAAUUUAUCAUAUAGUACUGGACUCCCGUUUGGUUCUUGGAACGAUUCUACAAAUUUUUUAGAAAACUUCAAUGGAAUUAAAAGGGAGUUUGAUAAUGAUGGGAAGGCUUUUGUGAAUAAUGAGAAUGGGGAGUUCGGAAAUAGGCCACAUAUUCUGUCGCAUCAUGUAAGUUUACCAAAGACUUCGGCUGAAGUGGCUGCCGUGGAGAAAUUUCUGCAGCUCCAAGACACUGUUCCCUGUAAAAUCCGUGCAAAACGAGGUUGUGCCACUCAUCCACGAAGUAUCGCUGAAAGGGUAAGAAGAACACGAAUCAGUGAAAGAAUGAGGAAGCUGCAGGAGCUUGUCCCGAACAUGGAUAAGCAAACGAACACGGCAGACAUGUUAGAUUUCGCGGUCGACUAUAUUAAGAACCUCCAGAUACAGUACAAGACGCUUAGCGAUAAUCGAGCAAAAUGCAAAUGCUCUGCCUCCCAGAAGUCCAUUCCAAAUCAAACACGAUGUUAG